AUGUCUUUAGAAGAGCCGCCUGUUAUUUUGCUGCGAUGGUGUAAAGACAGAAGUGGCAUUCGACUGAAGAAAGACUAUCUCAGAUUAUGGAAGGCUGCCAAGAGCCAGCCCAUUGUCGAUUACGAAGCUGCCUACUCUGAACUCGUAGCCGAUUUCCUCAAAACUGAUAUAUCAACCACAUCAGAGCCUGUUAUUCAAGACGAAUUUGCUCAGAACCCUGUAGAUACAUUUCCAGUAGGUCAUUUGCGAGAAGGAUGUGGUGUCAUACUUCAGAUACAAGACACUUUGGAUAUCAGACAUUCUACUUUUUCCUUGUUGAAUUCUUUGAACAAUGCUACGCCAGUACGACAACUAUACAUCGAGAGAAACGAAGGAGAUGAUGUUAAUCUGCCCAGGGGCAUGUUGCAAUGGGUGCUAACAGACGGCACCAAACAAAUAUACGCAAUGGAGAUUGAGGCCAUUCCAGGCUUGGAUCUAAAGACUCCUUUUGGCUGCAAGCUGCUCAUCAAAGGAUGUCGGGUCAGAAGAGGGAUGUUGAUGCUGACAAAGGACAAUGUCAAAGUGCUGGGAGGCGAUGUAAUGGAGCUAUAUGGAGGAGACAUGAUUGCAGAACUGGAGGAUCGAUUCAAGAGGAAACUGGGCAUUAUAAACGAGCCAAUAACACCAGUGCCUACAGAGAAUGGUAAUAUCCCUGGAGCACACGCCGCGCCUACACAAGCACAAAACAGCAGGAAUCCUGCAAUGUCCGCACAGAGCAUAAUGCAGACAGAACAACCAGAUAACUUUGACGACGACAUAAAUUACGAUGACUUACCCAUGGAUUCCUUCGAAACUGACACGGCAAGCUCGAGGGCGAUGGAGUCUGUUGGCACAGAUUCAAAUGCAACACUUCUCAACACUGCCAGCAUGGGCUACAGCGAUGAUGAUGAUUUCAUGGAUCCACCGCCACCGCACGUCAGUCCUUCUCGUCCAUCCACCAGCAUAAACAGAGCCAGCUUGACUAAAAGACCGCAGCAAGCACAAGAAACAACCGCUUCAAGCAAGAGAACCAGAGUAGAGGCCUCAUCGCCUGUAGCAGAAGUACCCGCAUCGACCACACCAGCACCACCACAGCACGACCAAAAUGUUGUAGAACCGACUCCCAUGGACACAGACGAAGACGAUGAAGAUGAACAAGGAGAUUUGUCAUUUGUGGAUCCCAGCGUGUGGGCAAAUUUCGAAAUGGCAGUUAACAAUGACAAGAUUCAAUACGAUGAACAAGGCAGAGCCAACUGCUCAUUCGAUAUACUGAAACAGAUAUUGAUUGACAUGCGAGAACAGACAGGUGGCAAUGUGCCAGAUACACUGCGCGUCAAGGCACAGUGCAUCAAGAUGGCCAAGCUCAAAAUGCAUGUAAAUCAGUGCUUUUAUUUGGAGCUUUUGCUGGGUGAUCCUAUAGUCAAAUACGAAAAGAGUGGGCCUCUGGAAGGCACCAUCAGAGCAGUAGUGAAUAACGAGUUGAUGUACAAACUCAUGGGUAAAGAAGUACACGAGGUAAAAGAGAUCUAUGCUAAGGGUGGUCAAGCAGGAAUUGCAAACCAAGUGUUGAAGCCAGUGCGCAAGAAGAUUACUCAGAUUGUGGUGUAUCUCACUUUGGACAUGACGGUACUGGAGAAGAACUUGGAUGAUCCACAGCACGCUUUGAUGCCACUCAUCACCAACUAUGAGCCAGCUACCUCUGAUUAA